CAGAAUCCGUGUUCCAGCCUAGUCGCAUAAGUAAUCCCUCUCAAUCUCUAACCACACGAGCCGCUGCGACAUGCACCAGUGUCUAUUGAUUCCUGAAACCGUGCAGCUGAUAUGCGCACACUUCCGGCCGACGAACAAGCACCUCCCCACCCUCGAUGCGGCGAACACCAGUACACUCGCGGCGCUGGCUCAGACGUGCCGCUAUUUCGCCAAUCCGGCCCUGGACGCGCUGUGGGUGAAGCAGAUCGCGCUGACCCCGCUUCUUUGUUGUCUCCCGGGCGACUGUUUUGCGAUAGAUUUGGACGAAGCGGGUGUGUCUCAUGGGCGCUGGGCCCGGCCCAUUUUUGCUGGUGAUUGGAGUCGUCUGGAUUUCUACGCAGCCCGGGUUCGUGUGCUCAACCUUGACGAGAGCUCGGAUGCUGCCUUUUCCGCUGCUGGCGCCAACUUUUUCAACCAGCUUGCUGCGGGCGCGCCCUCGGGCGGGUUGUUCCCGAAACUGCGCGUUCUGUACUCGCGGAAGUACCCACAUGUGGCUUCUUGUCUCCGGAUGUUUCUGGCGCCCACUCUGCGGACGCUGCGCGUUUAUGCUAAGACCGAGCGGGAGCACAGACUUAUGAUGACUCAUCUCUCCACAUUGCCCUCGGCCGCACCUCAGCUCACGUCCCUCCUGGUGUACACCGGCGAGAAGUUUUUCCCGAGGCCUCCGCAUUUCGAUGCCGCCGUAUCAUCCAUCCUCCGCCGCAUGCACAGUCUAGAGAAGGUCACCAUGGGCUGUCCCGACAUCGCGUCGCUGCAGCACAUCGGCCGACUCGACUCGCUGCGGACCCUCUCCGUUGUCGACCUGCCCGUUGAGUUCCAGGCGGUAAAGAAAUCGAAAGAUGCCAAGUUCUUUCCCCGUCUGCUCGAGCUGGUGAUCCGCCGGGGCGACAUCCUCACGGCGCUCGCCUUCCUGCGGCUGUCCACACACGCGCCGUACAAGCGCAUCUCCAUCACCACCGCCGGUGUCGUCUCGAAUCCCGAGCUCGAGCGGCUGUUCGCCGCCGUCGCCAGCGCCUGCCGUCCCACCUCCCUGCGCACGCUCGUCCUCCACGCCGCCGGCAGCGGCGGCCUGGCGCGGGUCGGUGCGCCCGCCAUCCGCCCGCUGCUCGCGUUCAGGAACCUGGCGCACGUCGAGCUCCUCUCGAGCGCGGGCUGGGCGCUGGAUGGCGACGCGGUGCGGGAGCUCGCUUGUGCGUGGCCGUUGCUGCGCACGCUGUCGCUCGAGACCAGCGCUAUGCCCGGCGGCGCGGCGCCCGUCCUGGCGUCCCUCGAGCACCUCGCAGCGCACUGCCCGCACCUCGCGAGCCUGAAGACCACCGUCGACGCGACUGUGGCGGUGCCGGAUGUCCUGCCUUCCGCGAAACGCGUCCGCCAGACGCGCCUGGCGGCGCUCCACGUGCAGAACUCGGACAUCGCGGACGCGCUCGCGGUGGCGCGUUACCUGUCCCGGCUGUUCCCCGCGCUGCAGGACAUCAAGACGCACCGCGACGGCAAGGACAACAGCGUCAGGGACAACCCCAACCAGCUCACACGAGACAUGAUGACGCAGCAUUGGCGGUGGAAGGAUGUAGAGCGGAUGCUCCCGCAUUUCGCGGCGACUCGGAGGGAGGAGAGUCAGUAUGCGAUGGAGAGACUCUAGACGUGCGAUUGGGGCUGUAGGUUCAAGUGUAUGUAGUACAUGUAAUUGCGAUUGCCUUUCAGGGCUAGAAAUAGAACAUAUUUAGAUAAACGACUGGAAUACAUAUCACAUCAUAAUAAUCUCAAGUACAUGUCCAGAGCAGGUUUCAGCUGUUUUGAAAGAUCAGUCGAGCUCCUUCAUCAGCUCCGGAUUGUAGCUGCCCG